CGUGCUAGGCAUGCCCAAGUUUCACUCCAGCACAAUCCCCAAUUAAUCAUCAACUAGGAAAGGGGCUGAAGGAAGUUGACUCAACACAUUUGUGCUGCUAGGCUUACAUUUCUAUACUAUUGUGAGCUCAAAGAUGGAGACAGUUGAUUCUACUCGGGCAUUUGUCAAGAACGUCAAACGUGUGAUUGUUAAGGUCGGGACAGCAGUUGUGACUCGGGCGGAUGGAAGAUUAGCACUUGGAAGAUUAGGAGCCCUCUGUGAGCAGAUUCACGAGCUUAACUCGCAAGGGUAUGAAGUUGUUUUGGUGACUUCAGGUGCUGUAGGUGUUGGGCGUCAACGGCUUAGAUAUAGAAAGUUGCUCAACAGCAGUUUUCUUGAUCUUCAAAAGCCCCAAACUGAGCUCGAUGGCAAGGCUUGUGCUGCUGUGGGUCAGAAUGGCCUCAUGGCUCUGUAUGAUACGUUGUUCAGUCAGUUGGAUGUGACAUCAGCUCAGCUUAUGGUGACUGAUAAUGACUUUAGAGAUCCAGAUUUUAGGAGACAACUCAAUGACACAGUAAAUUCGUUGCUGUCUCUAAAAGUUAUACCUAUAUUUAAUGAGAAUGAUGCUAUCAGUACGCGGAGAGCUCCUUAUGAGGACUCUUCUGGAAUAUUUUGGGAUAACGACAGUUUGGCAGCUUUACUAGCUUUGGAAUUAAAAGCUGAUCUUCUAGUUCUGUUGAGUGAUGUAGACGGUCUUUAUAGUGGCCCUCCCCGUGAUCCAGAUUCGAAGUUAAUUCACACAUACAUUAAGGAGAAACAUGAUAGAGGGAUUACUUUUGGAGACAAGUCCAGGGUGGGAAGAGGGGGUAUGACUGCCAAAGUAAAAGCUGCUGUGUAUGCUGCUUAUGCUGGCAUUCCUGUUGUCAUAACCAGUGGCUAUGCUGUCGAUAACAUCAUUAAAGUGCUACAAGGGGAACGUAUCGGCACCCUCUUCCAUCGUGAUGCCGAUACAUGGGCCUCAAUUGGAGAGUUCGGUGCUCGUGAGAUGGCAGUUGCUGCAAGGGAAUGUUCCAGGCGGCUUCAGGCACUUUCUUCCCAAGAAAGGAGUAAAAUAUUGCAGGAUAUAGCUGAUGCAUUGGAAGCAAAUGAAAAGGCAAUCCUCACUGAGAAUGAAGCUGAUAUGGUUGCUGCUCAACAGGCCGGAUAUGAGAAGUCUUUGAUAGCUCGGCUGGCAUUAAAGCCAGGAAAAAUUGCUGAUCUUGCAAACUCAGUUCGUGCGCUUGCUAACAUGGAUGAGCCCCUUGGUCGCAUUUUAAAAAGAACAGAGGUUGCUGAUGGAUUCAUCUUGGAGAAAUCAUCAUCUCCAUUAGGCGUUCUAUUGAUUAUUUUCGAGUCACGACCCGAUGCACUUGUACAGAUAGCUUCUCUAGCACUCCGAAGUGGGAAUGGCCUCUUGUUGAAAGGGGGAAAGGAGGCCAAAAGAUCAAACGCCAUCUUACACAAGGUGAUUACCUCAGCCAUUCCUGCAACGGUAGGUGAAAGGCUUAUUGGACUAGUGAAUUCUAGAGAAGAGAUCCCUGAAUUGCUUAAGCAUGACGAUGUGAUUGAUCUUGUUAUCCCAAGAGGCAGCAAUAAACUUGUUUCUCAAAUUAAGGCAUCCACAAAAAUUCCUGUUCUUGGGCAUGCUGAUGGAAUUUGCCAUGUUUAUGUUGACAAGUCUGCUGACAUGGAUAUGGCAAAGCGCAUUGUUGUGGAUGCAAAAACAGAUUAUCCUGCAGCUUGUAAUGCGAUGGAAACACUUCUCGUGCAUAAGGAUUUGGCACAAAAUGGAGGUCUUAAUGACCUGAUUGUGGAACUUCAAACAAAAGGGGUUUCUUUAUAUGGUGGACCCAAAGCGAGCUCCCUGCUCAAGAUUCCAGAGGCACGUAUAUUUCAUCAGGAAUAUAGUUCACUUGCUUGCACUGUGGAAGUUGUUGAAGAUGUAUAUGCUGCGAUGGAUCAUAUACAUCAGCAUGGAAGUGCCCACUCUGAGAGCAUCAUUACCGAAGAUCAGGAAGUUGCUGAAGUUUUUUUACGUCAGGUUGACAGUGCUGCUGUAUUUCAUAAUGCAAGCACAAGAUUUAGUGAUGGGUUCCGCUUCGGACUCGGUGCGGAGGUGGGCAUUAGUACUGGUCGUAUUCAUGCUCGUGGCCCAGUUGGAGUUGAAGGAUUGCUAACAACUAAAUGGCUCGCAAGGGGAAAUGGACAAAUUGUUGAUGGUGAUAAAACAAUUGUCUACACUCACAAAGACCUUACUCAGCAGGCAUGAGACUGAAAGCACUGAUUGUCCAGUUGUGUAUUUAGGAAGAUCUUUAUUGUGUCCUAUUAUUGGAUGUGAGUUUGAUGCUUACCCAAAGUUUUUCUGUAUGUUCCAGCCAUGGAUAUUGACUUAUGAUCAUUUGCAAUACUACAGGUCAAAAACUCUGUAAUAUUAUUCUGUAUAACAAAGUUCUCUGUUGCAUAGGUUAUAACUUGCAUUAACUUUCUGCCUAA